AUGAAGACCACUUUCUUCCUCACUGUUGCUGCUGUUUUCGUUGCUGCUGUCUCUGCUGGUGGACACCGCUCAGGUGUCGAUCAAGAAGUUGGUGGUGUUGGCAAUGAAGGCCGCGUCAGUGGUCUUUUGAACAACGUCCUCAAAGCUGGUCUUUUGGCUGACGCCAGCGAGGAUCACCAUGUUUCCCAGGAUGCCUUUUAA